AUGGCUUCUACGGAACUUGAUCCUUUGUUCGUAAAAGGGCUGCGGCUACUUCAUUCGAAAAGUAGGGAAUCAGCUGAUCAGCUAAAAAUGCUUUUAGAUGAUGCAAUUGCACAAUCUAAACAAAGUGCGCAUGUAAAAAUUUAUACAUCAGUGAAAAUGGAAGGAGAAAGCAAACUUCACCUAAAAAAGACCUUAAGAGAGGUACCAGAAAUUUCAAACUUUUCUUCAAAGCAUUCUAUAGAAGAAAACAGAGAAAGAAAAGCAGAAAAGCGACAACUUGAAAAAGCAAAACAGGAGAGUGUAGAUUUGCUUGAAGCCAAAAUUCCAAAACUGGAAUCACCACAAGUAUUUUCUUAUUACCCACCAAGUCCUGAUCUUCCUCCUAAACUAGACCAGUACGUUCUGAAAAAAGAUGAGGAUACUGACAGUAGCGAUGAAAAUGCAGAUGCUGAUGAUUUUGCAAUGGAAAUGGGUCUCGCAUGUGUUAUUUGCAAACAAAUUGAAGUUACACAAGGAAAUCAGUUAAUUGAAUGUCAAGAAUGCCAUAGUCUGUAUCCAUCAACUCCGACAUCUUUCAAAUUUCCUGAAUGUCAUAGACCACCUGCAACUGAUUAUGAUGUAAAUGAUCCUAGACGUGUUUGGUAUUGUGCAAAAUGUAUGAAGAAUAUGAAAAAAAUGGCAACAAAAACACAAAAAACAGCUAAAUCUGGAACUACAGUUCCUCCAAAGGAAUCAAUUUUACCCACCAAAUGCACCAAAAAUGAGAGUUCACCACCUGCUCUUAUAUUACCUUUUAAAAGAACAGAGCUUAAACCUAAUCUAUCCCAAGGUAGUACAAUCCAGACUGCAAACAAACCAACUGGUUUAGCCAGUUUAGCUGCAAAUUUUGGUGGCAGAACAACUGUUUCAUCUUCUACCGCAUCUUUGACAGUAUCUACUCGGGGUGUAAAGCCUGCAACUCCUACCUUAAAUUUGAAAACACCUUUCUCCUCAGCAUCUGUCACUAAAACUUCUCUCACUAGUUCUUCCACACUUUUAUCAAAAGGAACAGUGCCAUCAAAUACAUUCCAGUCGCUUCCUUUAACCACAACUUCUCAGUCAGUUGUUACUGCAAUCAGUCAGAAAACUGUAACUACUAGUUCAUCUGCUAAAGGACUUGGACUGCUAAGUGCAGCUGUGGCUUCCACAUCUGGACGAAACAUUACACAACUGCCUUCGGGUAAUGGCAACAGUGGUCAUAAAGUUGCUAGCUGCAGUCCUUUAAUGAGUGCAGAUAAAAGGUUACAAAUCAUGAAAAAGAAAGCAUCUAAGCUACAAGAGAAACGUAGACUGUCUACAAAGUGAUAUUUUUUGUAGAAUAUUAUUAAUUGAAGUGUGUUAAAUUUAGCACUAGGCAAGAAAUAAUUAAAAUACAGGGUAUCCACAGAGUGCCUGAACAACUUUAACACCUUAUUGUUUGGGGAUGGAAUGACUUGCCUUUGGCACUCAUGACACUUUCACAAGCAAGGUUCAAAGUUUUUGUGACAAGUGGUUCAAGUUACCCAACCUAGACAGGUGACAAAAUGAACUCUGCUUGAUGGUCCUCCAACUGUAGGCAAGUGUAGUUAAUCUAUGUAUCAGCGUAAACUCUGGCCGAUAUUGUUUGUUCAUUGGAGAAAAAUGGUUCUCAGAUCUUGUCAUACAACAUCCCACACCAAACAUUGACUUUCAGGUGCUUCCACUUCAGCUACUUUGUGAUGUGAGAAUUUUUAGGUGCCCAAAUUCUCAUAUUAUGUGUAUAUUAAACCAAAAUAAAUUGUUUGGAAAAAUCCUUGAUAUAGGUGUAAUAACACUACAAAAAUUUGCAGCAUCGCCUUUUACAGGAUGCUGACAAUAAUAGGGUAAAGUUGUUCAGGAACUUUGUGGCAAUUCUAUAUUGUGAUAGGAUUCCUCUUAAUCUGAAAAAUCUUGAAACAUCAGUAAAAUGAAAAAUUAUCAGUAAAUCAGACAUAUUAUAAAUAUUUUUCCAGAAGUUCAGGUGUAUAUUUAUGGCUGGAUUUCUAGAGGAUUAGUACACAAAGUCACUUAAUUAUUUAAUUAAACUGUUUGUGCUGUACACUGAUAGCUGCAACAAUUUACAUGUGAUUUAUAAGCAGAUGAAGAAAAGUAGUUAGUCUUCCUUUGAACUUUUGUGUCAUUAUCAUUUUUUUAACUCCAUCUGUCUUCUUAAUGGAGGUGUACACUCACUUUUUAUCCCAUCAUCUUCUUGCCUCAUUGUCUUUCAGUAGUCAUGUUGUGCUGGUCGCUCUCCUGAUACCUACACUUAACACGUUGAGCCCGCCAGUGAACUUUCCGUGUGGCCGCCGUCGGUCCUUGGUUGGCAAUGGGGGCUGGCACUGAAGUUUUCAUUUGGCUGGUGUUGGUCCACAGGAUCGACAGAGUUAAGAAAUAUAGUCUCAAUGAAAUAUGAUCAAAUGUAGUUUUAAUGAAAUUUAUUAAAAUAUUCUAAACAAAAGUACGGCUUUAUGCAUAUACAUAACGACGUUUUUGGUAACAUUUUUGGCUAUCUUGCGUCCAAAUAGUUUUGAAUUGUCAUCAUAACAUUUCAAACAAUACCUUUGGUUUUUAUGUGUGUCCCCUUCCUUUUUGUAUAAUUUCUGAAUAAUUCUUUCACUUUGAUCAUUCACUGCCGGCUGAACGGAAAGGACAGCAAAUUUGGCGCUGGGCUUAACAAGUUAAGUAUCCUCAUGCAACAUGUCCUCCUGGUGAUGAUAAAUAUACAACUGAAUCUGAAAUAAGUAAAUUUAAAAAAAAAAAAAAAAAAAAAGAGAGAGAGAGAGAGAAAGAGGAGAAAGUGUUCCUUAUGUUAAUGUAUUUCCCAGAAUAUGUUGUGCAUGUAGAAUAACACGGUAAAAUAAAAAAUUUUUAAAAAUUC